GACACAGAAACCUAAAGCAGGAAUAAUGAAAGUACAUUUUAAUUUAAUUUUUCGUGCAUUGACUGGCUUGUCACUAACUGGACUCGUUUAUCUGGGCUUCACAUCCCGCUGGAUCAAGCUUUUAUACAGACAGCCCAAUGUGUUUGACUCAGAAGGCAACUUUCUUCCUAUGGCACCAUGGUUAGCCCCAAUUGUACGGGAAGGAACUUUUGAUCCCACACUGAUUGAUGCAAUUUAUAAGAAACAAAACAUCACCAUAGCAACUGCAGUCUUCGCUCUUGGAAAGUACACACAGUUUCUUAAAAAUUUCCUGGAGUCUGCAGAGCAAAAUUAUUUUGUUGGAUUUCGUGUGCAUUAUUACGUGUUCACCGAUCUUCUGGAAUUGGUUCCUGCAGUGAAACUUGGUGAAGACCAUCAUCUGACGGUGUUGACAGUGGCUAGUUCUAACAGAUGGCAGGAGAUCAGUUUGCGCAGGAUGGAAAGGCUGGAGAAACUGAUCGAACGUCAAUUGGUCAAUGAAGCCGACUACGUUUUCAGCCUUGAUGUGGACACAAAGUUCUACGGGCGAUGGGGGGCAGAGACUUUGGGUCGUCUUGUAGGUGCCAUACAUCCAUGGUAUUAUAAAACCCAUCAUGAUUGGUUCCCAUAUGAGCGCAGGCCCGAGUCUCAAGCGUACAUUCCUUAUUCUGAGGGUGAUUAUUAUUAUGGAGGAGCUGUGAUCGGUGGCUUACUGAAAGAUGUAUAUCAGCUUGCUAAAACCUGCAAGGAAUGCCUGGACAUUGAUGCAGCUAAAUCCAUUGAGGCGGCAUGGCAGGAGGAGUCUCAUUUGAACAAGUACUUCCUGUAUAACAAACCCAGCAAACUGCUUUCACCCGAGUAUCUAUGGGAUGACAUCAAAUCUAAACCACAAGAGAUAAAAAUCAUCCGUUUCUCUCAAGUUAAUAAAAAUUACUAUGAAGUUCGUCCAAACCCAUAGCAGCUGUUAAAGGGAUAGUUCACCCAAAAAUCAAAAAUACCCCAUGAUUUACUCGCC